GUCCGGCAGUCUUCUGGGACCUGUCAUGUGUCUGCAGUGUUUGGUCAUCUCCUGUAGUAUGGCCGCAGUCUCUGGUCAUCUCCUGUACUGUGUCCGCAGUCUCUGGUCAUCUCCUGUACUAUGUCCACAGUCUCUGGUCAUCUCCUGUAGUAUGGUCGCAGUCUCUGGUCAUCUCCUGUACUGUGUCUGCGGUCUCUGGUCAUCUCCUGUACUGUGUCCGCAGUCUCUGGUCAUCUCCUGUAGUAUGGCUGCAGUCUCUGGUCAUCUCCUGUACUGUGUCCGCAGUCUUUGGUCAUCUCCUGUAGUAUGGCCGCAGUCUCUGGUCAUCUCCUGUACUGUGUCCGCAGUCUCUGGUCAUCUCCUGUACUGUGUCUGCAGUCUCUGGUCAUCUCCUGUAGUAUGGCUGCAGUCUCUGGUCAUCUCCUGUACUGUGUCCGCAGUCUCUGGUCAUCUCCUGUAGUAUGGCUGCAGUC